AUGGUCUCGACCAUGGAUGCCAACAUUGGAAGAGUCGUUGAUCAUCUCGAUAAAACGCGCGAGCUAGACAACACGUUUAUCCUCUUCAUGAGCGACAACGGUGCUGUGGGUGCGCUCUUGGAAGCACUGCCAGUCAUGGGCCCGCAAAUGGCUCAAGUGAUGUGCGGAAUCUACUACAACAGUUUCGAAAACAUCGGACGCAGCAACAACUUCACCUACUACGGGCCCCAGUGGGCGCAGGCGGCUACUGCGCCUUCGCGCAUGUACAAGGCGAGGAUCACCGACGGCGGCAUCCGUUGUCCUGCCUUUAUCCUCUAUCCUAGUUUUGAAAAGCAGAAUGGCAGCAUCGUGUCCGACUUCUCCACCGUCAUGGAUAUCCUGCCCACGCUGCUAGAGCGGGCCCAGACUCGGCACCCUGAACGCAUCUUCCGAGGCCGGUCUGUUCUCGAGCCAAAAGGACAAUUGUGGUCGCCUUUCCUUCACAACACAUCCAAACAGAUUCACCGCGACGACCACGUUACAGGCUGGGAUCUCGUUAGACAACAGGCGAUUCGCAAAGGAAGUUGGAAGGCAGUCUUUCUCCCUGCUCCCAACGGUCCCGAACAUCUCGUACAUUCUACAUCCAUAAGAGCUCUAAGAGGGACGAUCAUCAUGGUGUACGAAGCGACUAGGCUGCGCGCCGAAGGUGUCUUCGGCCAGGUCUAUAAAACAUAA